AUGAAGAUUCUUUCUUGGAAUGUUCGAGGUUUGGGAAAUGCAGGGAAACGAUCAAGGAUCAAAGACUUGCUGAGAAUGAAAAGGGUAGAUAUGGUCUUACUUCAAGAAACAAAACGUUCAAGCAUUGAUGACAAUGUUAUUCGAUCUCUGUGGCCAUCUGAUUUGGUGGAAUUCAUGGUUGUAGAUGCGAUUGGCACUGCGGGGGGAAUUCUAUGCAUUUGGAACCCGGAGGUCUUCUCCCUAAAAGGGUGUUGCUGCUAUACGAGUUUUAUCCUACUAGAAGGUAUUGUACAUUCUAACCUUAAUUGUGUUGUUGGUAACAUUUAUGCACCUAAUGAUGAGGAGAAUAGGAGAAAGUUGUGGACGACUUUAGUCCAAUUAAAAUCUGUCUUCCCUGAUCCAUGGUGUCUUGGGGGGGAUUUCAAUGAAGUCAAAACUGUCAGUGAAAGAAAAGGGUGUAUCAGGAGGGACAGAGGUAUGGGAGACUUCGGUAACUUCAUUAGCUCACUUGAACUGGUGGAUAUCCCCAUGUUGGGUAGGAGGUAUACCUGGGGAAAUUCUCAAAGUUGGAGUAGGAUUGAUCGGUUUAUAGUGAAUCCUGAGUGGUUGGAGUGGUACAAAUAUAAAGUUUGGGGGUUACCUAGACUCUUAUCGGACCAUAGCCCUAUUCUGUUGAUGGAAGAUGGUAGGGAUUGGGGGCCAAAACCUUUUAAGUUUAUAAAUGCUUGGGUCUUGCACCAUAAUUUUUUAGAGGAAGUGAGAAGAGUUUGGACUUCAACAUUGGUCCAAGGUUGGGCAGGCUAUGUAAUCAUGGAGAAGCUGAGAGCUCUGAAAGCGGCCUUAAAACGAUGGAAUCUGUCAGAAUUAUUGAAAAAAUAUUUUUAA